AUCGUAAACGAAAAGUCAUCAGUUGGCUCAACAGCUUAAAUAGAAUUUUUGUAAUAUUAAAAAGAAGAAAAGAUGUUUGAUCGAAAUAUGUUCGCAAUAUUUUUCAUUGGAUUCGUGGCUUUGGUCUCAAUUGGAAACAUCGACGGAGCGCCAUCUGGUUCUGGUUCAACUGCUUUAAGUGGAGAUUCACCUACAAAAACUACCGCAGUAGCGGAAAAGGCUCUUCCGUCGGAAUUGAAGAAUGGCCGAAAGCCUUCGUCUGUUGUAAAGCUCAAUAAGUCAACAUUUCCAACAUUGAAAAGUAAGAGUGGCGGUAAGAAUAGUGUUAUUAUCUCGACUAAAAAAGGUUCCAAAAAAGAUGUAAACACAAAAGUCCCGCCACAAAUGGACGAACUUGACCAAAUUCUUUCUCUUGGUUAUGAGAUUCCACCAGCAGCUUAAAGUCUCAAGCCAAGAUGGGUUUUGUCAAUCCUCUGCAGACUUGCUUCGAAGCAAUCAAAUAAAUACUUUAUUUUAUUUGUCACUUUUGUUCAAUAAAUGUAAAAUAAAAAUUUAAAUAUUCCUUA